CCCAGGUCAAUAACCUGGCAGCCGAUAGCCGGGACAGCUCCUCUCUGCAGAGCGGGGAUGAGCCACUUUCUCUUCCACUGAACCUCCUGACACAUACGGAGAAGGCGGGGGAGGGAGGUUAUUUGAUGCCUGCAAACCAAUUGACUGAGAUUCGUGGUAACCCUUGAAUUUGAUCUGCUAGUUGGAGCGUCCGUGUCCCCAGACAAGCCGCAGCCGGUUACCUACGGGGGACGAGUCGUGCCUGCCGAUCCGUCCCCCCCCCGAGGGGGAGUUACAACUGUACGAGGCCCGGCACGCUUGGCUGCAGGAGCCCUGCCCGCGAGCGCUGACCUUUGGGACUCUGCCCCUGCCUGCCAGACGCUGCUAGAGCCUCUCGCCAGCCAGCGAGCAGCAGGGCUUGCGGAGCGUGAACAGGAGCCAGCCGGAUCCCCGGGGAAAGGGGCAGCAUGGAGUCCUCGGCAGAGCUCGUACCCGACCCCAGGAUCCCACCUGAGCUGAUCGAGCUGCUGAUUAAGAAUUUCAGCGUCCCCCUGGCCUGUGUCUCCCAGCCGCCCACCUCGCUGCAGCUGCUGAACCAGCUGAACCCCGUCGAGCUCUCCAUCCAGGCCCUCAUGACCUUCCUGACGCUGGUGUCGGUCGCCAUCUUCCUCGAGGAAGCCAUCUACCUGUCAAAGAAGAUCCGUUGCCAGGUGAAGAUGAAAACCCUCAUCUGGAGCAGCUCGGCCCCCACGAUGGUCUCCGUGUUCUGCUGCUUUGGGCUCUGGAUCCCACGCUCCAUGAUGGUGGUGGAGAUGGCUAUUGGCAUGUACUUCAGUAUGUGCUUCUACCUGCUCAUGCUGAUCAUGGUGGAAGGCUUCGGCGGGAAGGAGGCCCUGCUCAAAGCACUGAGGGACACGCCCAUGGUGAUCAGCACCGGCCCCUGCUGCUGCUGCUGCCCCUGCUGCCCGCGCAUCACCAUGACCAAGAGAAAACUUAAACUCUUUCUUCUGGGCACUUUCCAAUUCGCCUUCUUCAAGACAGCCUGUGUCUUCGUUGGGCUGGCCCUGGCUGCAGAUGGAAACUACGAUCCGGCUGAUAUCUCCGCUGCGAGCGUGGCACUCUGGAUCAACACCUGCCUCGGCUUCUCCACCAUCUUCGCUCUGUGGGCCCUUGGGAUCAUGUUUCGCCAGGCCAGGCUGCACUUGGCAGAGCAGAACAUGGGCGCCAAGUUCAUUUGUUUCCAGGUGCUCCUCAUCCUGACUGCGCUACAGCCCUCCAUCCUGAGCAUCCUGGCAAGCAGCGGGCAGAUCGCCUGCGCCCCGCCCUUGUCCUCCAAGACGAGGUCACAGUACAUGAGCAUGCAGUUGCUUAUCCUGGAGACCUUCAUCAUCACGGUGGUGACUAGGAUGUACUACAGAAAACAGGACGACAAGGCAGGAUACCAACCUUUCAGCCCGCCGGAUGGGGACAUUGAAAGCAAAGCCUAGACAGGAAGGAGCGGUGACCGCAAAGGAGCUUCUGACAGCAGAGCCAUGGCACAAGAAGUUCCUCCCACGUUGCCAAAACACGUCCCCUCUGCAAUUUCACAGGGAGAGAAUAUUUCCCUAGGUAGCUGUCUGACGCUUCAUUUGGCAAGUGACAUAUAGGAGGGAAACAAUUUGCAUCCAGAGGGGUCUGAAAUCCAAAGGAUACGAACCACAGUUUCUGUAAACCAGGGGCCUAAUCUGUGACGUGCCUAGCACCGCUCAGGUGCUGUCUAAAUACAGAAUAAAAAUCGAUCCAGGCA